GCUUUCUUUCCCAGUCGCACCCGGACGAGGUGCAGCAGAUCAAGCUGGCUGCUGGCACCUUCAUCAUCAUGGCUCUCUUCUUCCACCAGCAGUCCUAUCCGAGUGUUGCCUACCAGGGCGGUUCGAACAAGAGCCAGGAGCUCGCCGCCCCGGAUGUGGUGAAGGCGCGAAAGCGUUCGGCCAUCAUCAGCAUUCUCCUGGCCGCUUUGUUGACUUAUGGACGGCUUUCCAUGGAGUGUUUUCGACCGAAGAUGCGUGUCGGGACCCGAAUGAUGAAAGAGGCUGCAGCCCAAGCGAUCCAAUGCUUUCAGAAGAGUCCGUCGGUGGAGUCGACGUACAUCUAUGUCCUGGCCCUGUCCAUCCCAGACACUCAAGUUGUGUUCUUGGAGGGUCAGGAAGUGCCGAGGCCGCAGCUCGACAAGUGGUGGGUCAAGAACGUCCUUUGCAUGAUGCUUCAGGCUAUGCAGCUUCGAUUCGUACAGCAGGCAGAAUCAGAGAGAUCUCAAAGCCUGCGCUGGUGGGAUCUGCGGAGACAGGGCGAUGCUGGGGCGGGAACUGCCAGUCUGAGGAAGAUCGAGUAUGACGACAACCUCCUCAAGGCCUACAAAGCAGCCUAUGGCCCCACGGGCGACUACCCGAACAAGCUCGAGUAUGCCUUCGCCGAGCUGGCGGCCUACAGCGACACUAUGACGCUCUCACCGACUUCGGAGGCGAGACAUGUCAAAGGGCGAUUCUUUGCAGACAUGGGGCAUGCAACUAACUUCGAUACGGAGGUUUUUCUUGAAAUCAGGCAUUACCUUGUGGGUUCCUUUACAACACUGCCAAGUACGGGUCUCUGCGGGCGUCCCCUAAUCUGA